UGCAGCCCGCCCUCUACUGAUUUUUCAACCGAUAUGUUUUGAUUGCAAUAGAGGGCGGGCUACAAAAUGGCAGCGUCCAAGAUACCCAAAGCCUUGACACUGAAGCAGUUUCUGCUGAGACAGCAAGUCUUAGGUCUGUACCGAGACAUCCAGCGAUCUCUGAGGCGAGUGCCAGACAAGACGGACAGGGAGGAAUUGAGACAAUGGGCCAGGGAGGAAUUCAAGAAGAACAAGAAGCAACAGGAUGAGAUUGCCAUCCGCAUGCUCCUCACCCAAGGCAAGAGAACGCUGAGGGAAAUAGAGAGCACUGUGAUCCUUGCCAGGUGAUGCAAGUGGACGUCUAGGAGCUAGUGAUGCUCUAUCAACGUCAAUCUUAUUCCAGUGACAAUUACUACAGCACAGAGAUACUGUCCUUGCCUUUGUUCGGCAGAUCCUAGAUUCCACCAGUGGAUGAGAAAAACCAACAUUUUGUGAAUUGAAGCAAACAUUUGUACCAUUCUGAAGUAGAAGAACCACUGCAUUGUAAAGAGUGUGCAAUUGGUUAAUAUCAAUGUACAAGAAGCCAAAGAAGCAAAGAUGCCUGUAUUUUGUUUGGGAACCUUUAACGUGCCCGCUUUCAGUUGGAAAGGUCACCACUUUGAUAACAAAUAAAAGUGCCUUCUUUAUACAUGUACCCUAAACAGAGCAGUAAAGUUUGGAUUUUAAGGGACCGGAAUGUUAACAGACAGUCAGAGGUCGGCGGUGCAGAAAGCACAUUAUGACAUUAAUUUAUUGGUUUUCUAGAUUAUUUCACAAAGUUCAUUAUAAAUAAUAGUUGAGGUGUACAUGAAAACUAAUGUUACAAAAUAAAUACAUGUAGUAAUAAGAUCUAAGGCAGCAACUUAACAAAAAGAACGUCAAAAAAUGCUUUGUAAAUAACUAGUGAUAAUUCAUGUAGAUAUUAUGUACAUACAAAAUUUGGAAAAAAGAAUUGACCUUGUAAGGUUUUCCAGGUAUGCUGUUGUAACACCUUUUUCUUUUAAAAUAAAUAUCUAUAUAAUGCAAUGUAAAA